GACGGUGGUAGCGAGAUCACUGUGUAAUGGCCGACGUCUGUGGAGACAAGCAAAGCAAGAAAGCGUGAGUUGGUCUGUCUGUUCCUAUUCGUGAUAGCUGCUACUGCCUUCACUGCCUCAGAGCGAUAAGCGGAGCUCCAGGCUCAGGACGGUGGACCUGCUCUGCUCUGUCAAGUACAGAGAACAAUCUCUCUCGCGACGUUCCUUUGGUCCAAGUUCCUCAGCUACCCUUGACUCCAUGAUGUACAUCCGUACAAUCCACACAAGUCUUGAGAGGACCACAGCCAUGAGUGCUGACUGACUGAGGUGCGACUCGUACAUACCCAUUUGACUGGUCCUGCCGAGACAUAUGAGAACAACGAUCCUUCAGCCUCGCUGGACCCGACAGCACGCAGCUCUACGUGGAGGAAGAGGGCCCCAAACAACCUGAGCUCAAAAGAGCGACAGCAGCAUGCUAGGAAUGGGUCUUGGCGACGGAGACGGGAGUACAUAUCGACGGAGUACUCCAGACCCCAUUCCUCCAUGGAGGGAGCUGAGAACAAAGUGGGGUACAGUGUGAAGAAGAGACUACAGAGUAUGGACACAUACAAGGACAGAGCCAGUCAGAUUUCAGCUAUCGAGGCUACGUUUGAGGCAGCCAAACAGCCUAUCACCAAACACUACAGUAAACCUGGGGUGACAGCAAAAACAGUUCACCCUCUCUUCCCAGACUUUGAUCUGUGGAAACUGCCGUUUGCUCAAGUGAUAUUUGACUCAGACCCAGCAGUGGCAGGCAAGAACCCGGGCCAGCAGAGCAAGGAGAUGUCAAGAGCCAUGAUCAGGGGAAUGAUGGACGAGAACAACGAACAGUUUGUGGCCUACUUUCUCCCAACACCAGACACACUUCGCACCAGACACUCUGAGGAGGCUGAGGCCCUCGAGGGAGACCACGAACAAGAGUAUGAGUAUACGCUGACUAGGGAAUACAAUUGGAACGUGAAAAACAAAGCCAGCAAAGGAUACGAGGAAACCUAUUUCUUUGUGGUGAGGCCAGCUGAAGGUAUCUUUUACAACGAGAUUGAGACAAGGGUACAGCUGAGGAAGAGGAGAGGUCGGACAGGGAAGUCAGCCAUGAACUCCAAACUGAUUGUGAAGCACAGGGAUAUGACUGAGGACGAAGUUUACGCCCAGGACAUGAGGUUAUCUCAACUGGAGCCUCCGGUUCUGGAGGAAGAUGAGGAGUGGGGGUUGGGGGAGGGGGAGGAGGAGGAGGAGAGAGAGGAGGCCACCACACCCACCUCACCCACCGAGGGAGAGGGGAGAGAGGAGGGGGAUGAAGGAGAAAGGGAAGGCAGCGAACGAGAUGAGGAAUUUGAACAAGCCUUUGGCAGUGGAGAGGAGGAUGACUAACAAACAUAGUUUCACUUUCAUUCUCCUAUUUUUCUCUCUGCACGUAAUUCUCAAGUCACCAAUUGGGGAAAAACACCAUGUAGUCACACACACUUAUUAAAAACAUAAUUAUGGUUUGUUGAAAAGAGGCGAGAGUGUGUCAGUUGUACUCUCAUCGUAAGUGACUGAGUUACUGAUGGUGCGAUAGUGAGUGAUGCCUGUCUUGAUCUUCCUCAUGGUGACCCGAGAGAGGUAGUUAAGAUGGCUGGUAAACUGGAAAUACUGCUGCGACCACUUUGGACACAUCAGCAGAACCAUUACCAGAUUUAUCACAAGGUCAAAGGUCAGAACAGACACCCCGAUGACUCGAGUUCUCUCCAGCGGGUUUAGCAGACUCGCUAUUGUCACGAAAAAGGGGAGAUAACACGAACCAGACGAUGUAGAGUACGAUGAGUGCCCGGUAGAGAAUGAGUUUGAAUCUCCUGUUCUCAAUGAGAUAGAUCUGUCUCAUCUCCCACAUGAUGUAGAGGAGUAGGACGAGACGGUAUGCCAAAUAGAGCCCGCCAGCCCAGGUCUGGUAGAAAUCUAUUGGCUGUGCUGAGAACGGAAACACCAGCUCCUGUACAAAGAUCCAUGAAAAGAAGAUGCCUGAGACGACAAUAUAGACAAUCCACACGACCAGAGUGGUUUUCUUCCAUCUGACAGUGGCAGUAGUGAUCUGCCAGCCCUUCCCGAGGAGGAUGAGGACUAGGAUGAGUAGCCAGUCCGAGAUGAAGUUGAGUCCUCGCCCCAUGUAGAGGAGGGGACGCAGACCUACCCCGUCCUCAGAGAACACACAGUAGUGGGCCAUGACAAGAAGAACAUGGAACGUCUCGAGAGCCAGAGAGACUGUGAAUAUGAGUGUGAGUCUGUGGUGUUUGUAGUUUGCAGGGGUGCAAAUACAGGAGUGCAUGAGGAGGUGGAAGAAGAGGACGGUGAAGUAGAUGCAGGAGAAUAUGAUGUACAGGAUCAUCAUCCCGAUGAGGUUGUAGGAGAACUCGUAAGUGAAGGGGUUGGGGGGAAACGAGGGUCUGGUUCACAAUGUGGACGUUAAAGUCUAUGGCUACAGAGCCACUGGCGAACCAUUCACAUGGCUGACUCCCGUUGUUCUGGAUGCAAGCUACCAGGAAUAGAUAGUAGUACUGGGUGGAGGGGGAGACGAUGCGAAAGGUGAAGUUACUGCCGUGGACGAGCGGGAUAUUGUGCUGGUUCCUGCACGUCUCCUGGUGGUCGCACGGCACGACGCGGUACAGGUCCGCUGUGUCGUUCCCUUGACGGUAGCAACGGUCGUCCGACGAUAGACUCCCGUUGAACGGAGCCAUGAAUCUUUGGCAGUCUCGGCGGUCGUCGCUCUCCAGAUGGUAGAACUUGUCCCACGUAGAGGACGGGACGAACGCCAACACCAGCGUCUCGUCAUAACCGUAAUGACUGCUGCUGCUGGACUUGCGCAGCGACCCGCCGUAGGCGAACACCUGGUGACCUUUCUGGACGCCGAACUUGGUCAGAUAGUUGAGUCUCGUCCCCUGAUUGUAGCUCCAGCUACUGCGUAUCCUGGUCGGCUGGACUGGAGGAGAGAGGGCCAGCACAGCAAUCACGAACACGAGGAAAACGUUGUACGUUUCCAUCAUCUCUUUCCGACGACGAGCGGUGC